GGUGUGGGACUCUCACGAUGGGCUAUGGGGCCUCAAACUUCGAUGGUGGGGGCCGGAUUCCUUUUCUAUAUAACCGGGAACGUACUCGACAGUAUCGCCAUAUCCUGUAAGUGUUUCACGUUACAUUCGGAGCUUCGGAAUUUUAAUCAAUUGCGUCAAGAUGUUGCUGGUACCGCUGGCGACUUUGGCAACCUUAGCGGUGAUCGCUAGCGCCGAUCCCGCAAUCAACGAGGCCAAACCUCACAGCAAUCGUCCAGGACGUUUCUUGUCACUUCCCGUGCCCGCGAAGUGUUCGAACAGACCGAAACAGUUCAACUUCAAGGGUCGCAACUACUUCUUCAGCGGCCACGUGCCCGCUCAUGCGAACCAAAAGCUCGACUGGCUCGAUGCACGAAACACGUGCAGAGAAUAUUGCAUGGAUCUCGUCUCGAUCGAGUCUCAGGAAGAGAACAAUAUGGUCUUCAAGCUCAUCCAACAAAACGACGUACCGUACAUCUGGACGUCCGGUCGACUCUGUGAUUUCAAGGGCUGCGAGAAUCGUCGCGACCUCGAACCGAAAGCAAUCUUCGGUUGGUUCUGGUCGGCGAACCGCGAGAAGAUAACGCCGACGAAUCAGACUCCAGUCGGUUGGGGCUACAACCCAUGGUCGCAGACCGGUCACAAAAAACAACGUCAACCGGACAACGCUGAGUUCGAUAUCAACGGGACGACCGAGGCCUGCUUGUCGGUUUUGAACAACGUGUACAACGACGGCAUCGCGUGGCACGACGUCGCAUGUUACCACGAGAAACCCUUCAUUUGCGAAGACUCCGACGAGCUUUUGAGCUACGUUGCAAGCACCAAUCGUGGAAUUCGUCUGUAACUGAACAACCAGCAUCCUCUUCCUCAAGAGCUCCUUUUUCCCCGUGCUGAGACUAGAAAUAUCUGAAAUUUCAAUCAUGCCGAAAGUCGAUUAUCGGUUCAACAAAAUCGUCUUUUUUUUUGUUAACUGACUCAAGUUAUUUCUCAUUUUUCAAUCAAACCUUUCAAAAAUUAGUACAACUUGAUUGGAUUCUCCCACUCCUUCUCAACUCUUCGCUACUUUCCUCCUUUAUUUGUAAUUUACUGUUAUUCAUAAUAACGCGACUUAUUAAUUAUGUACACCUAUUUAUUGAUAGAAAAUUCCAUGUCUGCUCUCCCUCUGUAUAUUUGCAAUGAAAAGCACAACUUUAAAACGUAUAUAAUAUUAUGAUGAAGAAACAAAUAUAAAAACGCGACACACUCGAACGUACAAAACAAACGUUAACAGUGAAAUAUACGAGACAAAAUGAAUAAAAAAAAAUCUUUAUUGUGUA